AUUACUUGUUGAAAUUCCCCCCAAGACUUCCAGUGACUGUCAGAGAGAGUGGAGGGUCAUGAUGACGCUCGUGACUCUGUGUGUGAUGGUUCUCUUCCCAUCGGUUCUUCUCUCCUCCCCCUCGCCCCCGGUCCUCACGUUUUCAUCAUCGUUCAACUCGAGAAGUUUUGAGAGUCCAUCCACGACACGCCCACCACCUAAGAACAUCCGAAACGACGAACGACCAAGUGAUAGCCAAGUUGAAUAUACUCAGUCAUUGCCACGCAUAAUUCCGCGGAGGAGCGAAAGUGAAUGUAAUUACGAUGUUAAUGUUACCUCUCGGUCCUGGAAGAAAGUUGCUGAAGUAGAGAGAAUGAACAUCGAUCUUUAUUUUUUUCCUUUGGAAGGCUUUGAGAGUGUCGCUGUAAUACUGACAGUAAACAACGGUGUUGAAUCAGUAGAGUUUAAGAAGGACAAACUCGGUAUCGACGAGUUAAGGUUGUAUAAACUCAGUGUCAGUGUGUACCAUGACAAAGACAGAAUAGACAAAUGGAGCUUUAGAGUCAAGGUGGACUCCUCUCCACCUGUGUCGCAACGAGGCUCUUAUCUGUAUUAUUUGAACUGGUUCUGGAGCAUAGUAGUAAAGGCUAAAGGCAAUUCUCGUUGGAAAUACAGCGCCCCAAACACUGAGUGCCUCACCUCGACCAAUAUGACAUACAGCACAGCAGGAACGGACUCCCCACUCCCUACUCCACAGCUCCCGCCUCUCCCUACUCCACAGCUCCCGUCUCUCCCUACUCCACAGCUCCCGUCUCUUCCACACGACGGUAGCCUCCACAGUCCUGAUCCCAUUAAGUACAUAUUGAUUGGUGUGUUCAGUGUCGCUGCCUUCAUAUUUAUCAUCUUGAUCAUCCUUUGCCUAAGACGACGAAGUGUCAAGACCCAUCUACGACCUGGGCAGCAGAACGAACAAGCGGAUGACAGGAUGAGCUUAGACGAGCUGCAGUCCCAUCACGAGAGCGAGAACAGCCUUUACGGAGUCAUCAUCAACCAUCCUGUAGAAGCCACCAUGGUUGACAGAGGAUCAACGCACAGUAGUGAAAAUAGUUUGUAUAUGGCUUUUACUGCGACAUGAACCUGUUAGAGUAUGUUUCUCCUUUCUCUUUUAUUUCCUCUCCUUCUCUUUCUUUAUUCCCCCACAUCUCUUUAUUUUCCUCCUCUUUCUUUAUUCCCCUCCUCUCUUUUUAUUCCCCUCCUCUCUCAAUCUUACCCUAUUUCUCUUUAUCGUCCACUUUCUCUUACACCACCUCUCCUUAUCUCUCUCUCUCUCUUGCAUCCCACCUCUAUCUCUCAGACCCCAUCAACUGCCCUCUCUCUCUAUUCUCCAUCUGUGUUGUGUCUUAGGGCAAUGAAACUGUGCAAGAGAGAAAAGUGUACAAAGUUAUACAGCCGAGAUGACGUGUGUGUAGUGUGUGUGUGUGUGUGUGUGUGUGUGUGUAGUGUGUGUGUGUGUGUGUGUGUGUGUGUGUGUGUGUGUGUGUGUGUGUGUGUGUGUGUCUAGCUCAUAUAUUCUCAAUAUUUAUUACAUUUCACUUAUUAUAUAUAUCAAGUUAGCGUUACAAACUUACAUGGCGUCUUUAAUUAAUCAACAAAUCACCUUUUCAAAUUAAAAAAUCAUCAUAAUAGAUUAAUAGCGACCUUUAUAAAUUAACAAAUUAUCUUCACAAAGUUAGAAAUUACGUAUAUAAAGGAUAUAGUUAUUGCAGUAACUAACCUAGUUGUAUCGUUAUUAGUGCUUUCCUUUCAUUAAUAUUAUUAUUAUUACUAUUAUUAUUAGUGGUAGUAGCAGUACCUGUUCUCGUUAUAGAGGUAUAUAAUAUUAUUAUAAUAUAUCACUACAGCUACUAUUACUUCUUAUCAAUGCUAUAAUUAAACCGAUAUAAUUAA